GAUAAACCCUAUAAAAAUAUACUCUCUAUCAUUUCACAUGUUAAUUCGAGCUGUCUCUUUGAACUUUCCCUAAAGAAAAGCUGGAUCGAAUCUUGUUCCGAUGCUAUAUAAGCAAUCAAAGUCACUCUAUAUUUCUACAAAUUAGUCAUCUCACUUUUUAAACGUUCUCUUCAUUCUUCAAGACUUCGAACCCUAGCUAUCUGAGCGAAAAGCUCUACUCUUUGCCACUGGUUCUGUAUCUGCUGUAAUUUCAUACAUAUAUGGAGCAGCUAAUUCCUGGUCUACCUAAUGAUAUUGCUCGAGAUUGCUUGUUUCGUGUACCGUACAAUUAUCUGUCAGAUGCUUCAUAUGUAUGCAAAGAUUGGAACCAGGAGAUUGAGCAACCGGAAUUUCUCCGGCUACGAAAAGCCACUGGCCACAGUCAAGCCAUCGUUAUAAUGGCACAAGCACGGAUUAACCCGAACCCGGGGAAUCCUACUCCGCCGGAGUUAAAGCUCUCACUUUUUGAACCCAAGACGGGUAGCUGGGAGGAGCUGCCACUGUUCCCUGGGUUUUCCAAAGGGCUGCCUAGGUUUUGCCAAGUGGUCGGAGUCGGGUCGGAAUUGGUUGUGAUCGGCGGGUUGGAUCCAUGCACUUGGGAAGUGUCUAAUAAUGUGUUUAUUUACAAUUUUGUGUUGGCCACUUGGCGGUGCGGAGCGGCCGUGCCAGGUGUCAAGAGGUCGUUCUUCGGAUGCACGUCCGACGAGGAUAAUCGGAUGGUGUUUGUUGUCGGCGGACACGACAACGAGAAAAAUGCUUUGAGAUCCGCAAUGGCAUAUGACGUGGCUAAAAACCAGUGGAUUGUAAUAGCUGAAAUGAAAAGAGAGCGCGACGAAUGUAAGGCGAUAUUCCACCGUGGCAAGCUCUACGUCAUCGGCGGAUACCAUACUCAAACACAAGGCCAAUUCGAAAGAAGUGUGGAGACCUUUGAUCCUGCCAAUUCCAAGUGGGAUGAAGUCGAAGAGGAUUUCUUGCCUGCCAAUGUGUCUCCCAAGUCCUGCGUGGCAGGCCAUGAUGGAAAACUUUACAUGUCUUCGGAAAGCCACGUGGCAGCAUGGGACGGUGCCACAUGGCGAGCGGUUUCUGAGAUACCGGCUGAUGUGGGUUCUGCAACUACAUGGCAGGAUAAGCUGUUGGUGACUGGGUCCGGUGAGCGCCAAAUGGCUUAUGUUCUGGAUUUGUAUAGCUACUCCUGGACAAAAGUUGAGAUGCCUGAGGAGUAUAGAGGUCAUGUUUACUCGAGCUGUUACUUGGAGAUCUAA